AAAUUCCCCCAAUAGCAAAUGGCAUUGGGAGGUUAUGCUGGAUUUGUAAUUUAUUAAAAAAAUAAUGCCGGUUAAUCUGUUGGAACUAUUAGAAUAACAAGAAUAAAGCAUUUACAAAAUAUUUAUAAUUCCAAACUAUUCAAGUCUCGACGAUAUUCUGAUUAAUUGAUAAUUUGCAAGAAUAGUUAAGAAAAACAAAAAUGUAUUCAAGACUUUGCAAGUUCCGGUCCGGCGUCAGCCACAGAUUGACGCCAUGCAGCAAUAUGUACAGCAGCGGCAUUCUAAAAAAGAAGGACGCAGUGACGAAAGCACUGCAACCCGGGAAGACCAUGCACGGCUUCCUCGUCACCGAAGUCGAACCCAUCAAAGAGUAUAACAUGACAGCAUACUACCUAAUACACGAAAAGACUAAAACAGAGUACCUGCAUCUAGAACGAGAUGAUUCCAAUAACGUAUUCUCAGUAGGUUUUCGUACAACGCCAUUAGAUUCUAUGGGCACACCACAUAUUCUAGAACACACUGUAUUAUGUGGUUCUGAGAAAUAUCCAGUCCGAGAUCCGUUCUUCAAAAUGUUGAACCGAUCACUAGCAACUUUCAUGAAUGCAUUGACUGGCCCUGAUUACACGUUUUACCCAUUUUCGUCACAAAACGAGGUUGAUUACAGGAAUCUACAAAAAGUCUACCUAGAUGCUGUAUUCAAACCUAAUUUGUCUCGGUUAGACUUUUUACAAGAGGGCUGGAGAUUAGAACAUGCAAAUGUGGAGGACAAAUCUUCUGAAUUAAGCUUCAAAGGUGUUGUUUACAAUGAAAUGAAGGGCGCAUUCUCAGAAACCAGUUCAUUAUUUGGACAAAAGUUCAUAAACAAGAUCUUACCGCAGGGUACUUACGGCUACGUCUCGGGCGGUGACCCUAUAUGCAUUCCAGAACUGACUCAUGAGCAUUUAAGAGAUUUCCAUGCAAGGUACUACCACCCAAGUAAUGCUAGAAUUUAUUCCUAUGGCAACUUCCCUCUCGAAGCCAACUUAAGGUUUGUAAAUGAAGCUUACUUGAGCCAGUAUGAGUACUUAGACCCAAAACACACAAUAGUAAAACCUCAACUGAGAUGGAAGACUCCGGAGAAAAGUGAAAUAACAUGCAGAGUUGAUCAGUAUGGAGUUCCCAUUGAAAGACAAAAUCAAAUCGCCAUCGGAUAUGUUAUGGCUGACAUUACAAACAUUUAUGAAACAUUCAUGAUGAUGGCUUUGACUGAGCUCAUGAUUAUCGGACCUAAUUCAGCUUUCUACAAAAGUUUGAUUGAGAAAAACAUUUCUGGGGGCUACAAUUCUCUCACAGGUUAUGACAACCAGAUUAGAGACACUUUAUUUGUAGUGGGAUUAAGAGAUGUCGAGAAAUCUAAAUUUGCAUUGGUAGAAAGUAUUGUCAAUCAGACAUUACAAGACAUUCGCGAUAAAGGUUUCGAAAAGGAUCAUAUUCAAAGUGUUCUGCACGGUUUUGAGUUAUCAAUCAAGCAUCAAUCACCAAAAUUCGGUCUGAAUUUACUCUUCAAUCUAAUGCCCCUGUGGAACCAUAACGGGCCAAUUCUAAAUGCAUUAAAAGUCAACCAAUUGUUAGAUCAACUUAAAACUAAUCUAAUGGAACCCGCCUAUGUGAAGGAAGUAAUUGAUAAAUACUUCAUUUCAAAUAAACACAAAUUAACAAUGACUAUGGUACCUGACCACAAGUUCGAUGAUGCAUUCAACGCAGCAGAAGCCAAACUGUUGCAAAAGAAAGUAAAAGCACUGACAAAUAGUGAAAAAGAAGAAAUAUAUAAUGAAGGAAUAGAGCUGUCUAAAGCACAGAAGAAAAUACAGAAUUUAGAUAUUCUUCCUUGUCUAAAGAUCGAUGAUAUUACUCUUACCAAAACUGCUCCGCCACUGAAACAUACGGUCGCUGAUAUUAUUCCGUUACAAAUGUGUGAAGCCAACACUAACGGCGUCACGUACUUCAAGGGGGUUGUGGGAACUGACUGUUUGAACGACCAACAGAGGUCCCUGUUACCAUUCUUUGAGUAUGUAGUCAACAAGUUCGACACGAGGAACUACAACUACCGUGAUUUUGACAAGUUUGUCAGCAAGUCCACAUCUGGACUCGGCUUCCUCUCCCAUAUUACGGAACAUAUUGACCAACCUGGCCACUACGAACAAGGGAUCUUAAUCAGCAGUCACUGCUUAGACGAGAACUUACCCAAAAUGAUGGACAUAUGGGGCGAAAUCUUCAGCAAACCUGACUUCAGUAAUGAUGAAAGAAUGAGAAUGCUCCUUACGAACUAUUGCUCAGCUUUAAGUAACGGAAUCGUUGACAGCGGACAUACUUACGCAAUGCAAGCAGCUAGGGCCUUGAUCUCUUCUGUGGACGAGUGUAAAGAGAGUCUAAUGGGUCUCCAACACAUAGUGAAUAUGCAAGAACUCCAGAAAAACAAGUCAAUAGACGAUAUCCAACUCAUAAUUGACACAAUCGGCCAAAAGAUUCUAAAGGGCAGCAAUUUAAGGACAGCAUUCCAUUACUCGAACACAAACACGCAGAUUCACGAUGUCGUUGAUCAUUUUUGCAAAAACCUUUGUGUGAAUGUGGAUCAGAAGGAAAUGAACAGGAUUAACUGGACUGAUGCUAAGAAAAUGCCACAAGAAAACCGCGGCGUACACAUCGUUAUGAACAUCCCUGUGAAUUUCUGCGCUAAGGUCGUCCCGACUGUAUCUUACACCGACCCUGAUUAUGCUAAACUGAGAGUGCUGUCAAGAUUCCUGACAUCAAAGUACUUACACCCGAUAGUCAGAGAGCAGAACGGAGCCUACGGAGGAGGCGCAAUGCUAACAUUAGACGGAGUUUUUAACUUCUACUCGUACAGGGACCCCAAUUCCAGAGUGACCAUGAAUGUUUUCGAUCAAACGGCAGACUGGAUGUCAAAGAACGUAAAACUCAUUGAUGAUCAAAACCUGUUUGAAGCUAAACUGUCUAUCCUGCAACAGAUGGAUCAGCCCAUUGCUGAGUACAUGAAAGGAAUCGACCUGUUCCUCUAUGGGCUGUCCUACGACAUUUGGAAGACUCAACGGGAGCGAGUUUUGGCAGUCAAGAAGGAAGAUUUAGCAGAAAUGUGCCAGAAAUACUUUAAGAAUGACAAGUGGAGUGGUAAAUGUGUGAUUGGAGAAGGUUCGAAAGACCUCAAAGAGGGUGACGAGAUUUGGGAAACUAUAAGCGGACCUCAGCAAUAAUUUGGGAGUAUGUUUCGAAAUAACUCGCAAGCAAGUGUCGGAUUUAGUUCAUAUUGUCCAGUCCAGCUUUUGAGUAAAUUAAAUGAGCAUUGCUAUGCAGUUAGCAAUAUAAGGUUGGAUUUUGGAUCGAAUGAAAGUUUCCACGCUGUCUCUUGUGUUCGUUAUGCAAAAACAUCAACAAAGGAAUCUGGAAAUGUUACUCAAGUGACAAUAUAUUUUACAUUACCUGUAUAAAACGUUGUCCUCCGCCCAAUCGGGUAAAUGUUGGUCUGUUAUAAAUUGCAAGAUAUUUUGAGAUUGUUUGUCAGAACAACUUAUUGUUAAUUUAUUGCUGAGCACGUGAUGUUUAGACUGUUGUUAAUAAAUAUGUAUUAUUUUUAAUUUC